AAAUUUCAUCAUCCCGAACCUUCUAACAUGAUGGUCUCUUCACGUGGUUCUACUGUUUACCUCCCGGUCCUUCUUCUACAACUCCUGGUCAGAUGUCCUAUCCCUUGUCCAGAGCUUCUUUUAUUUCUGGUGCACGCUGGCAAGGUUCUUCAAGUUAUGCACCACUGCCAGUGCUUCAGAGAGUGGUAUCUUUUCCAGGAUUUACAUAGAAUGGUCAGCUCGGCUCAGUUUCAUCAGCAACAGACAGCAGGAAACAGCCAGGUUUAUGGUAGUUCACGUUCAAGUGAUAAACCAACCAUGGGAUCAGAAGGAAUGACUUUUUCAUAUCGUGCCAGUUCUUUACCUGUGGGGUAUUAUGCAUUACAGGGAGAAUGUUUUCCCUGAACGAGUGGGCCAAUCACCUACAUAUCAACUGCAUCAUGAGAUGGCAAGAAGAGUCGCUGUACAUGA